UGUAACCGGGAGGUGGAGUAUUUAUAGAGGUGUUGUGAUUUCAGUCUGGAUAGGUGUUGAACAGGAACCUGUAGAGAUGGCGCUCUCUGGCUGGGUGUGUGUGGUGACCGGUGCUUCUCGGGGGAUUGGAAAAGGAAUAGCAUUACAGCUUUCUGAAGCUGGAGCUACAGUCUACAUCACUGGCAGACAGAUGAAGACCCUGGAGCAGACUGCAGCUGAGGUAAAUGAGAGAGGGGGUCUGUGUCUGCCGGUGAUCUGUGACUCAACAAAAGACGACGACAUAAAGGAGCUGUUUGAAAGAAUUAAACGUGAGCAAAAUGGAAGACUGGACAUCCUGGUGAACAAUGCGUUCGGUGGAGUGCAUGCAAUUUUUGACAACAUGGAAACUAAGUUCUGGGAGUAUGAGCCUUCUGUAUGGGACGAUGUCAAUAACAGUGGCCUCAGGGGGCACUAUUUCUGCUGUGUGUAUGCUGCCCGGAUUAUGGUACCUCAGGGCAAGGGCCUUAUUGUUACCAUAUCAUCCAUAGGUGGCUUAAGGUAUCUCUUCAAUGUGCCCUACGGGGUCGGCAAAGCUGCGUGUGACAGAAUGGCUGUGGACACUGCGGUGGAGCUGAAGAGCCUUGGGGUGGCUUCUGUGAGCCUGUGGCCAGGGGCGGUGCAGACAGAGCUCGUUAACGAGCAUGUCAUAGAGAAAGAAAAGCCUCCAGGCUUUGAUGACAAUUUCAAGGAAGUCUACAACAAAGGAGAGACAAUAGAGCUGAGUGGAAAAUGCAUUGUUGAACUGGCCAAAGAUAAAAAUCUGAUGAAACUAACUGGAAAGGUGUUGUUGACGUGUGAUCUGGCCAGGCGCUACAAAUUACGAGAUGUUGAUGGCCGUGACAUCUUUGAUUUAAAAUCUCUGAAGUUCCUCCUCACACAGUCUCCGUCCACGUCCUGGCUCUCCGUCAUCACACCUUCAUUUAUCAGAGUGCCAUCGUUUGUCUUUGGCCUGGCCUCCAGCAAAUUCUGA